AGCACAUCGAAUUUUCCUCUGUCAUUUAGUACUUUUUCCGCCAUUGCAAAGCAAACCUUGCUUUGUCACGCGUGGAUACCGGUGUGUGUAUAUAUCUAGGUUUUGGUCCAGAGGAAUCAUGUUUCUAACCAGAUCUGAGUAUGAUCGAGGUGUGAACACCUUCUCACCAGAGGGUCGCCUCUUCCAGGUCGAAUAUGCCAUUGAGGCCAUCAAACUUGGAUCAACUGCCAUUGGCAUACAGACAGGAGAAGGAGUUGUCCUGGCAGUAGAAAAGAGAGUCACCUCCCCAUUGAUUGAGCCUUCCAGCAUUGAGAAGAUUAUGGAGGUUGACAACCAUAUAGGGUGUGCCAUGAGUGGUCUCAUUGCUGAUUCCCGGACACUCAUCGACAGGGCAAGAACAGAAGCACAGAAUCACUGGUUCACCUACAAUGAGAAGAUGACCGUGGAGAGUGUGACCCAGGCUGUCAGUAACCUCGCCCUGGCCUUUGGGGACGAUGAUGCAGACCCAGGAGCUAUGAGUCGGCCAUUUGGAGUAGCGCUGCUGUUUGCCGGCAUUGACAAGAAGGGGCCGCAACUGUUUCACAUGGACCCCUCCGGGACCUUCAUCCAGUACGAUGCCAAGGCCAUCGGGUCCGGGUCCGAGGGGGCCCAGCAAGCUCUACAGGAGGUGUACCAUAAGUCUCUGACGCUGAAAGAGGCGUGUAAGUCAGCUCUGACGAUUCUAAAACAAGUGAUGGAGGAGAAACUUAAUUCCACAAAUGUUGAGAUGUCGACAGUAACGCCUCAGCGCAACUUCCACAUGUUCUCCAAGGAGGAACUGGAGGAUGUUAUAAAGGACCUGUGAGAGAUGCUUCAUGUGUAUGUCAGAUUCAAUCAGUCACCCACAGAUCACAGUGCUAACAACAUGGCCGCACAGUCUCUCAUCAGAUACACUCAACUCUUACCUGUCCCAUAACGGAUAGGACGAAAGUUCUUAAAUCAGAAGUGUAAUUUUCUGAAUUUAAUGUUUUAUUCUGUUCAGACAAUUUUCAACCAAAAGCAUACAAAUCCUAAUUUCAUUGAUCUUGAUUUGACAAACACUAACUUGUACAUCCUUGCAUGUGAAUGAGAUGUGUAGCCUGCCAUGUUGAUAUUCAUUAUCUAGUGUGUUUUCAUGUUGGGAUUUCCAUCCAUUAAGCUUGACUUGUACAGUAUCCGUGGCAGACGAAUUACUACGUAUUUGAUGAGUUCUUGUGUGGGUUUUGUGGAGGAAGUUGUCAUCAUUUGAGUGAGAAUGUACGUCCCAUCACAGUAAUCACUUUCAAAGACAGCAAAUAUUUUAGAUCAAUAAGUCAAAACAGUUUCUGAUGCAAGGAAUGGACAUUGUUUCCAACAUGUUCAAGGUAUUGAUGACAACUGGCUGCAGAAUGGUGUUAUUUGUUACUUGACUGCAAGUUGUGUUCAGCUUUGUGAUCGCUGACAGACUCCAUCUUUAUGUCUAUGCUCUUUGCACCUCAUCUGUACUGCAUUGUGGGAGCACAGUGUGGGGUAGUUUGAUGAUGGACUCAAUAUUAAACAUUGUCAUCAA